AUGGAAGAAAAAUCUAAUUCGUUCUCCAGCAACAAAGAAGUGGAGAAAGCGGAUGGGAAUAAUGUAUUUCAGAGGCAAGACUCGAUACAGAAGAAGAAUAUGGGGAGCCAGAACAUGAAAGCAGGGGACCACGCGAACUCGGUGGGCUUCAAGGGGGACCAAGAGGAAGCCUUGGUCGGGUUCGACGAUCUAGACGGGUCCGGGGACCGACAUGGCUUUAUGCAGAGGCAAUUUGGAGCGAUGAUGCAGCCUGGCGUCAAUAAGUUCUCCCUGCGAAUGUUCGGCAGUCAGAAAGCCGUUGAGAAAGAGCAAGAAAGGGUCCAAACGGCGGGAUACUGGAUCAUUCAUCCCUAUAGCGAUUUUAGGUAAGGAGUGGAAAGACACCUUCUCGUCUAUUAUUAUUUUUUUACCAUGCCGUCCAUUCACCCACACAGCCAGGUCCACAAGACACCACAUCACUAUGUAAUCAGUGCGUGUACGUUACGCAUUGUCCUAUGUGUAGGGUAAUCUGUAUUCGUUCUUGAGGCAAUUAUAGAGACGUUGAUUGUUUUACCUAUCAAAUUGUGAUCGUAUUCACAUUUUCCAUUAUUCUAAUAUGGAAGACAAGCAAUAGAUGAGUCCACGAGAUGUCCUUGGAAAAAGGAUGGUGAAUGUCAAGAGAUGAAUACACAAAUACGAAUUGUUUUCCACAUAACAGCAGUUUUUAUUGCGGCAUAUGCGGAUCUAUAAUAAGCCAUGAAAGUAAGGUGGGAACAUCAGGAUUGUAAACAUAGCCCUGCCUGCAAUGAUGAAACGACGACGAGGAUCAGUGAGGAUCAUUGAGGAUGGCCUCUGGAUGGAAAAUAGACAUAUGCGGUACAUUCUAGCGAGAAACGACAACAGAGAAUACGGAGAGAGAUAAAUAAAUAAACAUUGAUUAUCCGCAUCAAAUAAAAAGAGCAUACAGGGGAAGGGAUGAAUUCAAACACCAGUCGUUUGAACAGUUAAAGGGAGCCCGCCUGCAAAACCGUGAAUAAUGGACAGAUAUUACACCUCCAUCAAACAUAAAUCCACGUAGAACAGCGCAGAAAUAACGUGAUGCAAUUUGCAUAUUUGUUUUUAGGGAUAUAUUAACCUAUUACAACAAGAUUCGUCGUAUGAUAAACCUAAUUGCUUGCUUUGUUUUAGGUAAUUCAAUUGGAUAGAGUUUGAGAUAAGUGGUUAAUGGGCUUGUGUAGACAUUGCUCCAGAAAUAUUUGUAUUAUUUAAAGUGCCAUCCUCACGCACAGUGUGUCUCUGACAUUUCUUUGACUGCAUAGAAACGACCUAAUACUGCGCAUUGACAGAAAUAACAGAAUGAGCCAGAUUGAAUGCUGCAAAUUAUUAUUUGGGUGACUGUCAGUCAGUGGAAUGUUUGUUUGAGAGACUGAAAGAAACCUCUCCUGAGAAAUUAAAAUAAUAUUCUCGAAUAUAAUCUCGUCAAAUGGAAGCAUUCAUAACCUGCCUCAUCUGUUCAGUAACACCCCAGCUUUGUAUUGUGUGUUGUAUAAACAUUGCAGUGUCAUGUGAAUAUGGAUGAAUCUACACUCUGUCUAGGCUACACUUCCUGAGCAUUGACAUCUAUGUAAAUACGGGACACACUCUUUUCAAGCCACUUCAAUACAGCUCUGACCAGAAGUGACUUUCCUAACAGGUUAGGAGAGCAUUUUUGCUAACCCUAACCAUUUCCCUAACCUUAACCUCAAUCUCCUAACCUUCUACAUUCAUUUUCCUAACCUGCAGCAUAAGGUAUCCAAGCCUGCUAUGGAAAAGUCACUUCCUGUCAUAGCUGUAACCAAGUGCAGUGAGAGAGUGUUUCACAUGUAAAUACACCGUUAUGACCUCUGCUAAAAAACACAUUUUCCAUACCCAAUAUGCUACAUUUUAAGUUCACCAAUUUAACACAGCAUAGUUGGUUCUGCCUUCCCUUCCACCGGUGUCCCCCGGUAGAGUUGAAUGGAUGGUGAGGUGA